ACGAGACAGGUUUAAUCUUGUUGUCAAGCAGUCAGGACGCUUCGGUGACUCGUAAAUAGGGUGAAGCGAUAUUCAUCCUACUUUUGAUAACGGGGAUCGGGCAAGCUUUUCCAGGAGUUACGAUUUGCACCAGUGGGCAUACAUUGCGUACGCUGCAUAGGCUAAAAGAUGAAAAUUAGACCGUUUCCUUUGUUUAGGGUAUUGACAACACAGUUCAGGGACGGCAGUUCAGAUUUUGCAGGCGCACGAAGAUCACGGGCCUAUGUGAGAGGAGGCGUGGCCGGCAUUGGGGUAGGGGCCAUUGCCAUUACCCCAUACUUUCACCCGUCCUCGUGGUUUACCGGCAGUAAGAAAGGACCAGAAACCUAUCAGCACGUAAGUCAAGUUGGUCCAGGAUCUACACCGCAGACACUGAUGAGCAGGGCUUACGGUGCGAUUGGAUAUGCCAGAAGUAGUCCUGCUGGCGUGCUGGAGAAAGAAACGAAGCCUGAUAGCGCUUCAGUCGCUCCCUUACACUCGGUGUUAACCGGCGGCGUUAACAUACUGCAGGCACUGUUGUACAGGGAUAGUGAUGAGAUUGCAAAGGACAAUGCCAGUGGCGUGUCAGAGAAAAGCGCGGAACCAGAUAACGGCGCACGGGCCUACCGGAGGUAUAUAAUAGGAGGCGUAGUCGGCGGGGCCGUGGUCCUUGCUUUAUGUGUGUGCGGUCUCGAUUCCUUUGGGUUUACCCAUGAUGGUAUACGUAUAGGUUCCUGGGCCGCCGAAUGGAUGAGCAAGACUGCAAUUAAAUAUGGCGGGGGUGUGCCGGCGGGAGAUAUUAUAGCUAAACUUCAGUCGGCAGGAGUUCUUGGCUUUGCGAGAGAGACGAUAGUGAAAAUUUGGGCAGCCGGUUUUGCAGUUGGGGUCAUAGUUUCAGCCCUGUUCAAGAAUAAAGAUUAAAACGUGUUUCUAUGACGUAACUCUGUAAUAUGACAUGUUUUUGGCCUUAAAAGUUUCCCGGAAUAACACUCCGUGAGUGUGGGCCUCGCAUGUACAUUGUACCAGUGUAUGUAACUGUAUCUCUUCGCUGAUGUUCAUUGUAAGUCAGACUUUUUAAAUGGCUUUGAGGAUGUAUGUUUUGCAAAUGACAAUUCCAGUACUUACGCCUUCGGUACUUCUUGUUUAUUCAUCAUGAUAGGUCAUGAUAGAUAGUGAAUGGAUGAAUUUAUUUAUAUAUAUAAUAUAUUUUUUGUGGUGUUCACUUAUAUUUUAUCUGCUGGAUUUUUUUAACUGGCUUUUAAUUAGAAGAGUAAGAUUUAUGGCGAUGCAUAAUUUUGCAAAUAAUUAUCAUAAUCCCAAAUAUUCUGGACUAAUAUUGACUAUUAAUAACCAUUUAUUCAUGAUAAUAGACAGUAAAUAAAAACUUCUGAAAAAAAAAGGGAAGUGUUCCUCAACUGCGCAAAAUGAAAUGCUAUGUAAAGUAUUCCUAUUUUUCUGCUGUGCACCCUAAAUGUAUUUGUCUACCGUCGCUAUGUACAUGGAAACUUACAUAUUGCAUGUACUGUACUACUGACGUUACUCUUAUUGUACGUAUAUUUUAACAUUAUAAAGUCAUACUUAUAAGCCAUAUUCAAUUCAUAUGCGUGUAAUAACCUGUUCUCUGUAAUCUGGUUGCUCCAUGUAGAAACAAUCAAGAAUUGUAAAAAAAACUCAAUAAAAUGUUUUCAAACUGAUAUACUAGUAUUGUACAUGCUCAAAUAUCGUGAAACAGGAGACACGUUACAGCCUGCCGCCAUAUGUUAGCAUCAAGAACUGUGUAUAUAACGUGAACCUACCGCCUGACCACAGGGUGCGCUAGUUGUCUGGUACAAAAUUGUCGAAAGCGCACCACAGUGUGAUUUUAUGUAGUAUUUUUGUUGGGCCCUGAUACCAGAGGGUAGCAGGAACCCGGAACAUAAGACUGUAAAAGAUUACUUCUGAUACAGAAGUAUACUAAUAGAGACUCUUAUACAUAGUCCAGAGAUUCAAGGAUUUA